AUGGCUGGCAUGGGCUGGGCGGUGGUCGUCGGGGAUGCUUUCGCUUUAAUGAAGCUAAAGAAUGUGAACAUCUUUGUAACCCUAGGCUUUGUUUUCUUCUUACAGCAAAGAGCUCCAGGGAAAGUUUUGCAUGAUGCUGUUUGCAACCACCUGAACCUUGUUGAAGGCGACUAUUUUGGCCUUGAAUUUCCAGAUCAUAAAAAGAUGAUGGUGUGGCUUGAUCUUUUGAAGCCUGUUAUGAAACAGAUUAGAAGACCGAAGCAUGUUGUUGUAAAAUUUGUGGUAAAAUUCUUCCCACCUGACCAUGCUCAGCUGCAGGAGGAACUGACAAGGUACCUAUUUGCAUUGCAAGUGAAGCAGGACCUGGCACAGGGAAGGCUAACGUGUAAUGAUACCAGCACUGCCCUCUUAAUCUCGCACAUAGUACAGUCUGAGAUUGGGGAUUUUGAUGAAACCAUAGACCGUGAACACUUAGCGAAGAACAAGUAUAUACCUCAGCAAGAAGCACUAGAAGACAAAAUCAUGGAAUUUCACCGUAGCCACAUGGGACAGACACCAGCAGAGUCUGACUUCCAGCUUUUGGAGAUUGCCCGUCGCCUGGAAAUGUAUGGAAUACGCUUGCAUCCAGCCAAGGACAGGGAAGGGACAAAAAUCAACCUGGCUGUUGCCAACACAGGCAUUCUGGUGUUUCAGGGUCACACCAAGAUCAAUGCCUUCAACUGGGCUAAGGUUCGAAAGCUGAGCUUCAAGAGGAAACGUUUUCUUAUCAAACUACGGCCUGAUGUGAAUAGUUCAUUCCAGGACACCCUGGAAUUCCUUAUGGCCAGUCGAGAUUUUUGCAAGUCUUUCUGGAAGAUCUGUGUGGAGCAUCAUGCCUUUUUCAGGCUUUUUGAGGAACCUAAACCAAAGCCUAAACCUGUUCUUUUUUCUAGAGGUUCAUCAUUUAGGUUCAGUGGUCGGACUCAGAAGCAAGUUCUUGACUACGUUAAAGAAGGAGGGCACAAAAAAGUGCAGUUUGAAAGGAAACACAGCAAGAUUCAUUCCAUCAGGAGUCUGACUGCACAGCCUUCAGAACAGCAUUCAGAGGUGCCAAAACAAGUCAGUGAUAGCUCUAGCUUUGCCUAUGGAGACGACAGUGAUGCUGCAGCGGUGCAGAGCUGCCGGCAAGGAAAGGAAUUGAAAGCUUCAACAGAAGACACUGGACAGCACAAGAGUCCUUCCUUGAAGAAGAGCCCAAAGGAAGGCAGAAAAGUGGACGGAGCAGUGGUGUCAACAGUGGAGGAAGAAGAGGAGGCUGCUAAGGACAGGAUGCAGCAGAACAGACCUCAAUCACAGCAACCAAGCACAGGUCCAGCUUCCAGGGCUGCUCAUGGCAGCAGCACCUCCAUUCCUUUCAUUGACUGCAGUGAUGUAGAUAGCGAGUAUGAUCUCCUCAGAGGACAAAUAACCCGGUCAUAUUCCCAAACAAAUGACAAUUAUGAGGGUGAUUUGACCAGUGGUGCCUAUAUUCACCUCAGAGAUGAAAAUCGCAAUAGAACUAGAUAUAGGGAUUCCUCAGCCUCUAUAAAGUCUUCCCAGUAUCUCUCUGAAGAGUACCUUGAUGAUAACCCGGCUAAUCUCUCCUUCUACGCUGGGGGAAGCCCCCGGAUGCCAAGGCACAGCUCGCUGGUUGAUGAAAUGUUUAGAGGGCCAGGGAGCCGUAGUCCGCUGGCCACUCCAUUGCCUCCCAGUAGCAAAGGGUCAAGCCCUAGUAUGAGCCUGAGUAGAACUGGCUCUCAGGGUUAUGGCUCAGAAAAUGGGCAUGACUGCAGGGUGAGGCCUGGGGAGGAGGAUAGCCAUGCCAGUAGUUGCCAUGGGUAUUGCAGAUAUUCUCCAGGUUCUCAACGGCAUCAUGCACAGAAAAUCCCAAAUCUCUGCAAUAAAUCAGUUACAGAUCCAUUUAUCCUGAGCCAGAUAUCCUCAACGCCCGGGCAGGAGUAUAGAUCAGAGAGUUAUUGUAAAGGAGGCGGGGUGGCCAAGAUAUCUUCUCCAGAAGGCAAAAUGAUGGCCAACGGCAUGCCAGCCGGGGCACAGGUGAAGCAGAGCCCAGUCAUGCAGUCACUCCAUGCCAGUGGCAUGCUGGAUCACAUGGCUGCAGUCCAGAUGAUGGAGGGCUCCACCAGCAGUGGGACAGAAUCUAGCGAUUCUGACUCGGAAAUCAUUAACCCCUUCACUCAUCCCCUGGUGUUUGGAAAUCCCAUUGUGCUGAGUUCCUCUCCCAUGCCUAGAAAUAAGUACUCCUUUGGAAGCCUUCAGCUUGAUGAGGAGGUAGAGGAGGAUGCAUCUGUUGGCCUCAGUGAUGAAGAUGGUGUGCAGGUCUUCAGCUGCUAG